UUUGAGAAGAUUUUUGUACUGCCUAAUCUUUUCUUUAAGCACAUCCUCGGAAUCAUUAAUUCUUCAUAUUCUUCAACCAUUACUUUAAAAUCUGAUGUUUUCAUGAGCUCUUAUCUGUUUUAUCUCUGUCCAUUGUCUGUUUCAUGUAAUAUAAUCCGUCAAUUCAAUCAUCAAACACAGAUAGAUCGAUCCAAGGAAGAGACAAAUGCCUUUCGGUUUAGUCUCAGCAUGGAACAAGCGCCGAAGAAGCAAGCCCCAGGAUCAUACUGACCCUUGGAUUUAUAAACCAGUAGAGUACUGGCAAAUUGAGGAUCAAACAUCCAGACCCUCGAAGAGACGCCAUGGAUCAUCAGUUUUCACACUCAAGGAGAUGGAGGUGGCAACAUGCUCUUUCAGUGAUGAGAAUCUGCUUGGAAAAGGAGGAUUUGGCGGAGUCUACAAGGGCUCCCUGCGAUCAGGAGAGGUUGUUGCAAUCAAGAAGAUGGAGUUGCCGUCAUUCAAAGAAGCCGAAGGAGAAGAUGAGUUCCGCGUAGAAGUUGAUAUCUUGAGCAGACUUGACCAUCCAAAUCUGGUUUCGUUGAUAGGUUAUUGUGCAGAUGGGAAGCACCGGUUUCUAGUCUAUGAAUACAUGCAAAAAGGGAAACUACAAGAUCACUUAAAUGGUAUUGGGGAAACAAAAAUGGAUUGGCCCUCAAGGCUCUAAUUGGCACUUGGUGCUGCCAGGGGACUUGCUUAUCUCCACUCUAGUUCUGCUGUUGGAGUCCCUAUAGUUCACAGAGAUUUUAAGUCCACCAAUGUUCUUCUAAAUGCCAACUUUGAAGCAAAGAUAUCGGAUUUUGGACUAGCCAAACUGCUGCCAGAGGGUCAGGAGACUUCUGUUACUGCCAGAUUUCUCGGCACAUUUGGCUAUUUUGAUCCUGAGUAUACAUCGGUAUGCAGUUCAUGUCACAUAAUUUUCCACUACCUUUGACAUGAUUUUACUCAUGAGUGAAGUGUGUUCAAUAUAAUCUUUUUUAUAUUCUUUGUUUUUCAACCACUAUUCUAUAGUAAAACUUUUGAGCUUCAUGCAUUCAAAUCAUCCAAAGACUAUACAAUUAUGUACGCAGAGUAGUUGGUAACUCUAAUAUCCGAAAGGAAAGAGAUCUUCUUCUACAAGCAAAUACAUCAUACUUGGAGACUCAAUAAUAUAUAAAAUUAGAGGUGAAAUUUUUCUUAACUAAAUUUAAAUAGCAAUGGUGUUAAUUUGUCAUUUAUCUUUUUUGGUGACAGACUGGAAAACUAACAUUACAAAGUGAUGUUUAUGCAUUUAGAGUGGUUCUUCUAGAGCUAUUAACAGCAGGGAUUUAAAUAGCGGACCGUUUUCGGAAUAGCGGCCGUUAUAUAACGGUAGCGCCGCCAACCGAAACCGCUAUUGCUGAAAAAACGGAGUGAAGCGGAUUCACACCGAUAACGGUGGAUAGCGGCCGCAAUUUAACGGAUAACGGACAAUUACGGCAAUAUCGAGCCGCUAUUCCCGUUAUUUUCCGUUUCCGUAAAUUAAAAAAAAAAUCAAGUGCUGUAGAUGGAUGGUGAUUCUGGUGAAUGAAAUACUGAAGUGAAUAGUGAAAAGUGAAGACUGAAGAAAGACUGAAUCAAUGUACUUUAUAAUAAAACAAAAGGGAAUAUAUUCCUCCCUACCUGCAAAAUCGGCUUUCAAGUUUCAAACUUUCAAUCAAAACAAAGUAAAGUAAAGUAAAAGACUAAAAGUCGAUUAAAAAAAUCAAAACUCACUCACAACACAAGUCAGUAAGUCACAGACUCACAAACUCACAUUUCACAAGCAAACGAAAAGACAAAAUAUAUUUCUCAUUCAUUCUCCAUAUUUUGGCAAGGCAAACAACACAGCCACAGGGCACAGGCAGCAAGCAAAGCAAUAGAGCAACAUGCCACCACGUGAAGAGAUCCCGACUAAAGGAUUGGAGGGUGCACCAAGUAAUGAUAUAGGUUGGCACUUUGGAACUCCAGUGCCAAAUGCGAGAGGAAGUAUCGUAUGUAAACUUUGUGGUAAAGUUGUGAAAGGAGGAAUAACACGACUUAAAGAGCACAUUGCUCAUAAAACCGGCAAUGUUGCACCACGCCCUAAUGUUACUGGUGUCAUUAGAGAAAGUAUGAUGAAUGUACUAAAAGAAAGCAAUACAAAGAAAAUAGACAAAAAGAGGAGAAAAGAUGAAUUCUUAUCUCAAUUAACAUAAGAGGAGGAUGAGCACGAGGGAUUGGUUGAUGAGGUUUCUGCUAUAAGUCAAGCAACUCGAGAAAGUAUCCAAUCACAACACGAGUGGCAUAGAAGGGAAGAAUUCAGACGAAGUACUGGUGGUUGGGAUAACAUUUAUGAAGAAGGGCGAUCUUCUCAUGGAUUAGCUAGAGAACAUAAUAGAGAAAGAACAAGUAAAUCUAUCCCAGGUGAGUCUGAGUUUACCUUAAGGGGAGCUAUACCUGAAUUGGUUAGAAGCAAAAGUUCAAAGCAACCAAAGGUCAAUGACUCUUUUUUAAAGAGUUUUCGAAGGAAGAUAGGUGAAGCGGUAUCUAAAUUUAUAAUAUAUGAAAGACUUCCUUUUCAAUUAGCAAGCUCUCCAUGUUUGUAUAACUUAAUUCAAGUGGCAACAGAAGUUGGACAAGGUGUAAAACUUCCAACACCUUAUGAGGUUUCAGAUGUGUAUUUGGAGUCAGAGUAUCAACGAGUUCAUGAUUGGGUAAAUGUACUAAAGACUCAUUGGAAAGAAUUGUGUGCAACUCUAAUGUGUGAUGGUUGGACCAACAGUUUGAAUCAAAUGCACAUCAUUAAUUUCCUUGUUUAUUGCAGUAAAGGAACCAUUUUUUGGAAAUCGGUAGAUGUCUCAAGUGUCCGUAGUAGAGAUGCUGAAUUCUGCUACUGUUUGUUAGAUUCAGUUGUAGAAGAAAUUGGAGAAAAUUACAUUGUCUAAAUAGUGAUUGAUAAUGAGGCAGCAAUGAAAGCUGCUGGAAAAAAAUUAAUGUUGAAAAGACAACAUCUAUAUUGGACCUCAUGUGCAGCUCACUGUUUAGAUUUAUGCCUUGAAGAUAUUGGGAAAAAGCCCAGUGUAGCAAAAGUGUUAAAUGAGGCAAAGAAAGUGACUUGCUUUAUAUACAAUCACAUUUGGACUGUUGAUUUGAUGAAGAAGUAUACACAAGGGAAACAAAUACUUCGACCCGCUCUUACUCGAUUUGCAACUCAUUUCAUUCAACUUGAAGAGAUAACAAGACAAAAGCAAGGUUUGAGAGAAAUGUUUAAUUCAAAGGAAUUUAAAGAUCAAAUUGGGAAAGCAAAAGUCAAGGCCUGCUUAUGAAGCCAAAAAAAUUGUUUUGGGAAAAGAUUUUUGGAAAAAAGUCAAUGACCUCAUAAAAGUUUAUGAGCCCUUAGUAAGAGUAUUGAGACUUGUGGAUAGCGAUGAAAAACCAACGAUGGGCUUUAUUUAUGAGGCUGUUGAUAGAGCUAAACGAGCAAUUCAACAAAAUUGUCGAUAUUUCACAGAGUAUGAAAAGAUUAUUGACAAUAGAUGGAAUUUUAUGCAUUUCGACUUGCAUUCAGCUGGUUAUUUUCUCAACCCUCAAUUCCAAUUUGGGGUGGAGCAUUCUGAGAAUGUACUAAUAGAAACAUUAGAAGGUACACGAUCAGUAAUUGAAAGAUUAGAACCUUCUAUGGAUACUCAAGUCAGAAUGGUUAAUCAGUUGUUACUAUUUAGAGAUAAACAUGAGACAUUAGGUACUUCACAAGCACAAAGAGCUUGGAAGCAAAUGAAUCCGGUUGAGUGGUGGAUGAUAUACGGCACAUGUGUUCCCGAAUUACAAAAAUUAGCAAUUAAAGUGCUUAGUCAAACAACUUCAGCAUCAAAUUGCGAACGAAAUUGGAGCACAUUUAGUUAUAUUCAUACCAAGGCAAGAAAUAGGUUAAAGUAUAAAAAACUUGAAAAACUAGUGUUUACCUAUUAUAAUAUGAGGCUUAAGAUGAGGCAUCAACAAAAAAUGAGCACUGGUGAUAUAAAUGCUAGUUUUAAUCCUAUCAGCCUUGAUUAUAUCUUUGAAGGUGUUGAUCCACUAUCAGAAUGGCUUCAUGAGAAAGAGAAUCCAUUGUUAGAUGGUGAAAAUGCCGGUGUGUUGCCUUUGGAUACCUCUGAUGAUGAAAUGGAUGUUGAUCAAUCGCAACAACAAAUUUUGUCACAUUCAAGUUCUAGUUCAACUCCAAGUCAGAGUGGCGAUGGACCCGAUGGUGGUGGUUUAAGUCCAAUUGAUGAGGAUGACGGAUAUAGUGGUGAUAGAGGUGAAAUUAGGUCUUCUAGUCAGUAUGGAGGAGAAUAUGGGGGUGGUACCACUGGUGGACAUUUUCGUGACAAAUCAGAGUUUGAUGGAAAUAUGUUUCCUGAACCUAGGAGAGAUAGAAGUGAACCUAGAGCUCCAUCAAAGGGAAAAGGCAAGAAGCAUACUUCUAUAGGCUCUUCAUCUGGUAGGAGAUCGAGUUCUAGUAACCUUGGGUAUAGUGAUUCAUCUACUAGCACUCAAGGUUUUUAUCCACCAGAACAGCCUUCACAUGGUUAUCCACAACCAUAUGGUUAUUAUCCACCAUUUCCUAAUUAUGGUGUGCCAUACCAGCCUCAAAUGCAUCCUCCUCCACCAAUGUAUCACCCACCUCCACCUUUCAUGUAUCCUCCUCCUCAAAUAUAUCCUCCAUAUCAAUUGAAUGAAAACCAAGGUGAAAAUGUUACUUUUUUUGGAUAUAUUUUUGGACAAAGGGCAAGAGAAUCAAGUCAAGAACGCUCCCAAAGUGAAGGUGAAGGAUUUGAUCUUCCUCGUCAUUCCACUAAUUGGUGAAAACUAAAUCGUGCCAUUAUCAUUAUUUGUAAGUAAGUUGUGCGAAUUUGAAAAAAAUUCACGACCGCGAUACCCGCCGUGACCGCAAUAGCGUCCGUUAUUUCCGCGACCGCGACAAACACGACGCGACCUAAAACGCGACCGCGACCGCAAUUUAAAUCCCUGAUUAACAGGACGCAGAGCUGUAGACAUAAACCAGGGGCCAAAUGAUCAAAACCUUGUACUCCAGGUUAGGCACAUACUGAAUGACCGGAAAAAACUACGUAAGUUGAUUGAUCCAGAUAUGGGUCGAAAUUCAUACACCAUUGAAUCUAUACCUAUGUUUGCAAAACUGGCAUCAUGAUGUGUCCGUGUUGAGAGUGGAGACCGACCCUCGAUGCCAAAACGUGUAAAAGAACUCCAAUUGGUUUUCUGUACAAAUGUAGAAGGCAGAGGUGUGGGUUUCAGGAUAGGUUGAAAAAUGCAAAUUCUUUACCUGCAGUGAAACUUAUAAUAUCAACAAUAAGGAUGCUCUGAAUUAAGAGGAAACACUAUUACCAUGUGAAUUUGAUAAGAGGGAUGAAAAUUACAGAGUUUGGGUUAUCUCUGAGUCAAACGUUAAAACAAAACAAGUUCGAGAGUGGCUUCAUGGUAAAGAGCCUGUAAAACUUGAAGCGAUAAUAUUUCCUCACAUUUUUGUUCUAGUCUAGCAGGACCAGUUUGUUUGCUAACGUUUUGCUUAGCGCAAUAAAUCCUACACAUCGUAUGCAUAUUACAUAAACAAAGUGAACUAGUAAGUAUUCUGCACGGAAUAAAAUAUGUCAACAAACAGUCCACUUUAUAUUUCA